AUUUCCACCAAACAUGUCACCGUAGUCACAUAUAUACAUAUAUUUUAAACCAAAGCAGCAGCAUUUAUUAUAUUGGGCCAACUGCAAUCGAUAUCCAAACACUAUAACACAAUCUUACCCCAAAAAUCAUACCUAAUUUCUCCACAACAAUGGCUGCUCCAUGGUUUCUGUAUAUUCCACUCAUAUUUGCCCUUUACAUCUUCACUCAGCAUUUCUUCCACAAACUUAGAAAUCUGCCACCCGCUCCCUUUCUAAAUCUGCCCUUUAUCGGCCACCUUUACCUCAUCAAGAAACCCCUCUAUCGUUCCUUGGCCAAGAUCUCCGGCCGAUAUGGUCCCGUAGUUCUCCUCCAGUUCGGCUCCCGCCGCGUCCUUGUCGUCUCCUCCCCCUCAGCCGCCGAGGAGUGCUUGACAAAAAAUGAUGUCGUUUUCGCCAACCGCCCGCACCUGCUCGCCGGGAAGCAUCUGGGCAACAACUACACUUCCUUGGCCUGGACUUCUUACGGAGAUCACUGGCGAAACCUGCGUAAGAUUUCAUCAAUUGAGAUCUUGUCCACGAAUAGGCUGCAAAUGCUUCAUCGGAUUCGUGUGGACGAGGUGAAGUCCACGAUCCGGGCCCUGAAUCGGGCUUCGGAACAGCGGCGGGUGGUUGACAUGAAGACGGUGUUUUUCGAGCUGACGAUGAACGCGGUGAUGAGAAUGAUCGCCGGGAAAAGGUACUACGGCGAGAACGUGGACGAUGUGGAGGAGGCGCGGCUGUUUAGGGAAAUUGUUAGGGAUACUUUUCGGCUGGGCACGUCGAAUAUGGGGGACUUCUUGCCGGUGAUUAGGUGGUUGGGAGUGGGCGGCGUGGAGAAAGCGCUGGUGGAGCUGCAGAGAAAGAGAGAAGCUUUUAUGCAGGAGCUGGUUGAAGGGUGUAAGAGAAGGUUCAAGAGUUACGGGGGCGAUGGCGGUGAAGUGGUGGCGGAAGGGCAGACGAAAACUAUGAUUGAGAUGCUGUUGGCACUGCAGGCAAAAGAACCCGAUUAUCACACAGAUGCGCUCAUAAGAAGCUUAAUGCUGGUUUUGUUAAUAGCCGGCACAGAUACAUCAGCCGGAACGAUGGAAUGGGCACUCUCUCUUUUGCUCAACCAUCCACAUGUCCUCAAGAAGGCACAGCUCGAAAUCGACAAUCACAUCGGGCACGACCGUUUGAUAGAUGAAUCGGACAUUGCCGAGCUCCCAUACUUACGCUGCAUCUUGAAUGAGACGUUACGUCUAUAUCCUGCAGGACCGUUGUUGGUCCCUCAUGAGUCCUCAGAGCAAUGCACAGUUGGCGGAUACCGUGUUCCAGCAGGCACUAUGUUGCUAGUGAACGUGUGGGCUAUACACAACGAUCCCAAGAACUGGGAGGAUGCUAGAGAAUUCAAGCCAGAGAGAUUUGAAGGGCUAGAAGGGAACCGGGAUGGCUUCAAACUGAUGCCUUUUGGCUCAGGAAGGAGGGGUUGUCCUGGGGAGGCAUUGGCCGUGCGGAUGGUGGGGUUCGGACUGGGAUCUAUGAUUCAGUUCUUCUUGGGAUUGUCAAUGCCCAAAGCAGAGCCAUUGAUGGCGUACUGCAGAGUUCGGCCUGUGGCAGCGAAGCUUCUUUCCCAGAUUUAGACCAACUGUGGUGGAUUGUUGAGGAAUAUACCAAAGAGUGAGACAAUUGAUUUGUUGUUAAAACAAACAGCUGCCAAGACAAUUGAUUUAUCAUUCUAAAUAUACUGUAAAAUAUAGGAGCAAUAUUGCAUGUAUUGCAGAUAGUUGAAAAAUAUUAUAAGUUUAAUUAAAAUAAUAAUUAAUAUAAGA